UCUCCCCAUGCUGCUGUAGGCCUCUGCUGCGUCCCGGCCCCGAGAUGGCUUGUUCCUCACCCCCUUCGGCCUGACGGGCCGAAGGCCGCGCCCUUGCCCCAGAAGUCGCCGCGUUUCUCUUGGCUUUCGGCCCAGCAGCCUGUCACAGGCCCGCCCCCUUGUCAAAAAAAAAAAACAAAAACAAACAAAAACCUAGCCCAAAUCCUCCGGCCGCGACGCGAUCUACAAGCCCGGUGCAAACCCUUGAUCUCUUCCUCGCCCGCAAGCCCUGCCCCCAAGCUCAGCCCACGCCCUCCCGCCAGCCAGCUCCGCCUCUCUCAGGCUUUACCCUCUUUUUCCCUGGAUACUGUCUCCACCACGACAUCUAGAUCCCCUCUUUAGACCUCACCUUCACUCUGGUCUCCUUGCAACACCCCCUCCCCGUGUUCCCACUCCCUCUAGCAUCUUCAUCUUCCGCCACACCCUUCACCCGUCCUCGACCUCCCCCUUCCUACAACUGCACUUGCUCCCUUAAAGACUUUCUCCGAUUUCUUCUAUCUGCCUUCAUCCUUAUCCUCCUCAUCUAGCAUGGGGCAGCCUUUUCAGCUCUUCUCUUUCCCUUGAGAUCCAGCCUCAGGUGCUCAAGGUUGAGGCCCCACGCUUGGCCUCACCACAAUGUGGCACGAGGCUAGGAAGCAUGAGCGGAAGCUUCGAGGUAUGAUGGUCGAUUACAAGAAGCGGGCAGAGCGGAGACGGGAGUAUUAUGAAAAGAUCAAGAAGGACCCAGCACAGUUCCUGCAGGUACACGGCCGAGCUUGCAAGGUGCACCUGGAUUCUGCAGUUGCCCUGGCCGCUGAGAGCCCUGUUAACAUGAUGCCCUGGCAGGGGGACACCAACAACAUGAUUGAUCGCUUCGAUGUCCGUGCCCACCUGGAUCACAUCCCCGACUACACCCCCCCGCUGCUCACCACUAUCUCCCCAGAACAGGAGUCAGACGAACGGAAGUGUAACUACGAGCGCUACCGAGGCCUGGUGCAGAACGACUUUGCUGGCAUCUCAGAGGAGCAGUGCCUGUACCAGAUCUACAUUGAUGAGUUGUAUGGAGGCCUCCAGAGACCCAGUGAAGAUGAGAAGAAGAAGGCCCUGGCUCACCAGCUCCCCCAUCCCAGGCUGGCAGAGAAGAAGGCUUCCAUCGGUUAUACCUACGAGGACAGCACGGUGGCCGAGGUAGAGAAGGCAGCAGAAAAGCCAGAGGAGGAGGAGUCACCGGCCGAGGAGGAGAGCAACUCGGACGAAGAUGAGGUCAUCCCCGACAUCGACGUGGAGGUGGACGUGGAUGAACUGAACCAGGAGCAGGUGGCAGAUCUCAACAAACAGGCCACUACUUACGGCAUGGCCGACGGCGACUUCGUCAGGAUGCUCCGGAAAGACAAAGAGGAGGCAGAGGCCAUCAAGCAUGCCAAGGCCCUUGAGGAGGAGAAGGCCAUGUACUCGGGACGCCGCUCUCGACGCCAGCGGAGAGAGUUUCGGGAGAAGCGGCUGAGGGGUCGCAAGAUCAGCCCACCCAGCUAUGCCCGCCGAGACAGCCCCACCUAUGACCCCUAUAAGCGGUCGCCCUCGGAGUCCAGCUCGGAGUCCCGCUCCCGCUCCCGCUCCCCCACCCCCGGCCGUGAGGAGAAGAUCACGUUCAUCACCAGUUUUGGGGGCAGCGAUGAGGAGGCAGCUGCAGCCGCUGCUGCCGCAGCCGCAUCAGGGGUCGCCACAGGGAAGCCCCCCGCACCCCCCCAGCCUGGCGGCCCUGCCCCGGGACGUAAUGCCAACGCCCGCCGCCGCUCCUCCUCCUCCUCCUCCUCUUCCGCCUCGAGGACCUCCAGCUCCCGCUCCAGCUCUCGUUCCAGCUCUCGCUCGCGCCGUGGCGGGGGCUACUACCGUUCAGGCCGCCACGUUCGCUCCCGGUCCCGCUCCUGGUCCCGGUCCCGCUCCCGGUCCCGCCGCUAUUCCCGGUCCCGCAGCCGUGGUCGACGGCACUCAGGUGGGGGUUCCCGAGAUGGACACCGCUACUCCCGCUCGCCCGCUCGGCGUGGUGGUUAUGGGCCCCGUCGCAGAAGCAGGAGCCGCUCCCACUCAGGGGACCGCUACAGGCGGGGCGGCCGGGGCCUCAGGCACCACAGCAGUAGCCACAGCCGCAGCAGCUGGUCCCUCAGCCCGUCCCGCAGUCGCAGCCUGACCCGAAGCCGCAGCCACAGCCCCAGCCCUAGCCAGAGCCGCAGCCGCAGCCGCAGCCGCAGCCGCAGCCAGAGCCCUUCGCCAUCACCCGCAAGAGAGAAGCUGACCAGGCCGGCGGCGUCCCCUGCUGUGGGCGAGAAGCUGAAAAAGACCGAACCUGCCGCUGGUAAAGAGACAGGAGCUGCCAAACCCAAGCUGACGCCGCAGGAGAAGCUGAAGCUGAGGAUGCAGAAGGCGCUGAACAGGCAGUUCAAGGCGGAUAAGAAGGCGGCACAGGAGAAGAUGAUCCAGCAGGAGCAUGAGCGGCAGGAGCGGGAAGACGAGCUUCGAGCCAUGGCCCGCAAGAUCCGGAUGAAGGAGCGGGAACGCCGAGAGAAGGAGAGAGAAGAGUGGGAGCGCCAGUACAGCCGCCAGAGCCGCUCACCCUCCCCCCGCUACAGUCGAGAAUAUAGCUCUUCUCGAAGGCGCUCAAGGUCCCGAUCUCGAAGCCCCCAUUACCGACAUUAGGCAGAAGGGGGGGUGGGGAGGACAAGGGGGUGGGGUGAGGGGCUCAAGCUGUGAUGCUGCUGGUUUUAUCUCUAGUGAAAUAAAGCCAAACAUUAUUUAAUUCCCGUCA